CCCGCCCGCCUCCAUUUCCCGUCGCCCCCGCGCGCGCGCCGCGCGGCGGCUUCCGUAGCGGCCUCCCCUCCCGCAGCGCCGCCGCCGCCUCCUCCUCCUCCUCCUCCUCCUCCUGCUCCAUCUCGCGGCGGCGGCGAUGGCGGCGGAGCCGCUGGGCUGGUGCGUGGAGGCGGUGCGGGCGGCGGCGGAGCCGGGGCUGGGCCGGGCGCUGAGGGCGCUGCGCGGCCGCCACACGCGAGAGCCCGGCGGCGCCGCCCGCUUCCGCGAGCGCGGCGGCCUGGAGCCGCUGCUGCAGCUGCUGGAGCCCCAGCGGCCCCGCCGCACCCUCGAGCUGGCCCUCAGCGUCCUCGCCAACUGCUGCACCGAGGCCGGCUGCCGCCGCCAGGCCCGUCGCCUCGGAGGGGUGCCCCGCCUCGUGACCCUGCUGACCCCCGGGGCGGCGGAGAGCGUGCAGAACCGGGUGUCGCGGGCCCUGGCCAACCUGGCGCUGGAGCCCGACGGGGCCCAGGCCGUCCUCGAGGCCGGGGCGGUGCCGGCCCUGGCGGCCCUGACGGCCUCCUGCUCCUCCGACGGCUCCUGCCUGCCCAGCGCCGCCCGGGCCCUACGGAUCCUGGGGGGCCACCCGGGCCCCCGGCGGGCCUUGGCGCGAGCCGGCGCCGCCCGCGCCUUGGCCACCCGCUUGGCCACCCUGCCGCCCGGCCACCCCGCCGCCGCCGCCGCCCUGGCCCGGGCCCUGCGCGUCAUGGCCGCCCACCGCGCCGCCGCCGCCGACCACGACAUGGCCGCCGCCUUGCCCGCCCUGACCGUCAUGGCCGCCGGCGAGGGCGAGGGCGAGGCCGAAGGCCGGCGGGCCGCGUUGGGUGCCUUGGCGGCCGCCUGCGCCCGGGCCUCGCUCCGGCCGGCGUUGGGUGCCGCCGGCGCCGUGGAGGCCGUGGCGGCGGCGGUGCGGCGGGCGCUGGCGGCCCCGCCGGGUGUUCCCGGCGGCCUGGCCCGCGCGUUCUGCCUGUUGUGCCGCGAAGCCGUCAACCGGGCCCGGCUGCGGGCGGCCGGCGGGCUCCCGUUGUUGGUGGCGUUGUUGGAGGACCCGCGGGCCCGGCCCGGGCGCCCCUGGGUGCUGUUGGCCUUGGCGGCUUUCGCCUACGACCGGGCGGCCCUGGAGGUGCUGGAGGCCCGCGGCCUCGUCCCCCUCCUCGUCGACGUCCUCCGGGCCUGCGCCGACGGCGACGGCGACGACGGGGACAGUGACGAGGACGAGGACGCCGCCUCCUUCGACCUGCCGCCCCUACGGUCGCCAGCGCCGGGGCCCGGGGCGGCCGCCGGCAGCCUGCGGGGGCUCAAGUCCUGGCUGCUCUCCGAAGCCAUCUCCCCGCCCCCCUCCCCCCCCGCCGCCCCCCCCGGCAGCACCCACGGGUGCCCCUCGCCCCCCCGCCGCCCCCCCCGCCGCCGCCCCCCGUCCCUGAGCGCCCUGGCGCUGCCGCGGGCCCCGGGCAUGGUGGGGGGGGGGCACCCAAGGGUGGGUGGGGGGUACCCAAAAGUGGGUGGGGGGCACCCAGGGGUAGGUGGGAGGUGCCUAGAGGUGGGUGGGGGUCACCCAAAGGUAGGUGGGGGUCACCCAAAAGCGGGUGGGGGUCACCCAGAGGUGGGGGGGCACACAAAAGUAGGUGGGGGGCACCCAAAAGCGGGUGGGGGUCACCCAGGGGUAGAUGGGGGGCACCCAAAGGUAGGUGGGGGUCACUCAAAGAUAGGUGGGGGUCACCCAGAGGUGGGGGGGCAGCACCCAAGAGUGGGGGGGCACCCAGGGGUGGAUGGGGGACACCCAAAGGUAGAUGGGGGACACCCAAAGGUAGAUGGGGGUCACCCAAAAGUGGGUGGGGGUCACUCAGGGGUGGGUGGGGGUCAGCCAGAAGUAGGGGGGGGUCACCCAAAAGUGGGUGGGGGUCACUCAGGGGUAGAUGGGGGUCAGCCAGAAGUAGGGGGGGGUCACCCAAAAGUGGGUGGGGGUCACUCAGGGGUGGGUGGGGGUCACCCAAAAGUGGGUAGGGGUCACCCAGAAGUAGGGGGGGGUCACCCAGGGGCAGAUGGGGGUCACCCAAAAGUGGGUGGGGGUCACUCAGGGGUCGAUGGGGGUCCCCCAGAAGUAGGGGGGGGUCACCCAAAAGUGGGUGGGGGUCACUCAGGGGUAGAUGGGGGUCACCCAAAAGUGGGUGGGGGUCACUCAGGGGUGGGUGGGGGUCAGCCAGAAGUAGGGGGGGGUCACCCAAAAGUGGGUGGGGGUCAGCCAGAAGUAGGGGGGGGUCACCCAGGGGCAGAUGGGGGUCCCCCAGGGGCAGAUGGGGGUCACCCAGGGGCAGAUGGGGGGCACCCAGGGGCAGGUGGGGGUCACCCAGAGGCAGAUGGGGGUCCCCCAGAGGCAGAUGGGGGGCACCCAGGGGCGGGCGGGGGGCACCCGGGGGCGGGCGAGGCGGCGGCGCUGCUGCUGCUGGGGCGGCUGGCGGAGGAGCCGAGCCGGGCGCUGGCCACGGCGCCGGCGGUGGGGGGGCUGCUGCGGUACCUGGCGGGGGCCCCCGCCCCGGGCGCCCGGGCCCUACGGGUGCUGCAGCGCCUCGUGGGCCACCCCGGAUGCCUGGGCCCGCUGCUGGCCGCCUACGUCCCCUCGCUGCUGCGCUCCUGGCUGCUGCUCGGCGUCCCCCCGGCCCGCGCCGAGCGCCUCUCCCGGGCCCCCCCCGACCCCCCCGGCGGCACCCGCGACCACCCGCCGCCGCGCCCCCACCCCCGCCAGGCCCGCCUCAAGGAGCUGGGGGAGGGGCUGCUGCGGGCGCUGGCGGCGGUGGCGGCGUCGCCCUUCGGCGUGGGGCUGCUGACCCACACGCUGCGCCGCGGGGCCCCCCCGGCCCGCCUGGCCUGCGCCACCGCCCUGCCCCUGCUCGCCAGGCCCUCGUCGCCGGCCGGGGGGCUGCUGUGGGGCCGGGGGGGGGCGGCGGCGGCCCUGGCGGGGGCGGUGGCUCGUGGCCCCCCCCCCGCGCCCUGCCGCCCCCCCCCGGCCUUCGCCUUCUACGCCGCCGACGCCCUGGGCUGCCUGCGGGGACCCCCCCCGGCGCACGGGGACGAGGACGCCGAGCCCUGGGGACACGAGGACGGACACGGGGACGUCGCCGAGCCGUGGGGCAGCGAGGACGGACACGGGGACGUCGCCGACCUCUGGGGCCCCACGGACGGGGACGCCACGGAGCCGUGGGGACGCGCGGUGACGUCGGCCACCUGCCCCCCACCCCUGCUGUCCCCCGCGGCCCCCCGUCCCCACGCGGCCCCCAAACGUCCCCGCGCGUCCUCGUGUCCCCAAGCAACCCCCGCCGCCGCCGAUCUCCUGCCCCACACGUCCCCCAGGCCCCCCAAGCGUCCCCGGAUGUCCCCAAGCUCCGACGUCCGUCCCCCGGUGACCCCGAGGUCCUCCAACCCCCCUCGCCGAGCGGCCGCCUGUCCCCGGGGGUCCUCGAGGGCCUCCAACGCCUGUGCGCAACCGUCGUCUUGUUCUCCGGGGUCCCCCAGGGCCUCCAGCCCCCGUCCCCAAGCGUCCCCGCGUCCCCAGGUGUCCUCAAGGUCCUCCAACCCCCAUCCGCAACCAUCCGCAAGGUCCUCCGACUGUCACCGCCAACUGUCUUGUCCCCCAGCGUCCCCAAGGUCCUCCAGCCCCCGUCCCCGACCACCUCCAAGGUCCUCCAACACCCGUCCGCAACCGUCUUGUCCUCUGACGUCCCCAAGGUCCUCCAACCCCCGUCCCCAACCAUCCUCAGGGUCCUCCAAUCCCCAUCCGCAACCAUCCGCAAAGUCCUCCAACCCCCGUCCCCAACCAUCCCCGAGGUCCUCCAACCCUGAUCUGCAACCAUCUUCAAGGUCCUCCAACCAUCACCCCCAACCGUCUUGUCCUUUGACGACCCCAAGGUCCUCCAACAGCCAUCCCCAGCCACCUCUAAGGUCCUCCAACUGUCACCCCCAACCGUCUUGUCCUCUGACGUCCCCAAGGUCCUCCAACAGCCAUCCUCAACCAUCCCCAAGGUCCUCCAACCCCCAUCCCCAACCGUCUUGUCCUUUGAUGUCCCCAAGGUCCUCCAACGCCCAUCCCCAACCAUCCGCAAGGUCCUCCAACACCCAUCCGCAACCAUCCUCAAGGUCCUCCAACCCUGAUCCGCAACCGUCUUCAAGGUCCUCCAACCAUCACCCCCAACCGUCUUGUCCUUUGAUGUCCCCAAGGUCCUCCAACCCCCGUCCCCAACCAUCCGCAAGGUCCUCCAACACCGAUCUGCAACCAUCUUCAAGGUCCUCCAACUGUCACCCCCAAGCGUCUUAUCCUCCGACGUCCUCAAGGUCCUCCAACCCCCAUCACCACGUGUCACCGUGUUCUCCAGCGUCCCCAAGGUCCUCUAGCCCCUGUCCCCAACCAUCCUCAAGGUCCUCCAACCCCCAUCCCCAACCAUCUUGUCCGCCAACGUACCCAGGGUCCUCCAACCCCCGUCCCCAACCAUCUUCAAGGUCCUCCAACCCCCAUCCCCACGUGUCACUGUGUUCUCCAACGUCCCCAAGGUCCUCCAGCCCCUGUCCCCAACCAUCUCCUGGUCCUCCAACGUCCCCAAGGUCCUCCAGUCCCCACCACCAACCACCGCCGAGGUCCUCCAGCCCCUGUCCCCAACCAUCUCCUGGUCCUCCAACGUCCCCAAGGUCCUCCAGCCCCCGUCCCCAACCAGCGCCGAGGUCCUCCAACCCCCAUCACGAACCAUCUCCUGGACCUCCAACAUCUCCAAGGUCCUCCAGCCGCUGUCCCCAACCAUCUCCUGGUCCUCCAACAUCCCCAAGGUCCUCCAGUCCCCACCACCAACCACCGCCGAGGUCCUCCAGCCCCCAUCACGAACCAUCUCCUGGUCCUCCAACGUCCCCAAGGUCCUCCAGCCCCUGUCCCCAACCAUCUCCUGGUCCUCCAAGGUCCCCAAGGUCCUCCAGCCCCCGUCCCCAACCACCGCCGAGGUCCUCCAGCCGCUGUCCCCAACCAUCUCCUGGUCCUCCAACGUCCCCAAGGUCCUCCAGCCCCCGUCCCCAACCACCGCCGAGGUCCUCCAGCCCCCGUCCGCACGUGUCACCGUGUCCUCCGACGUCCCCGAGGUCCUCCAACCGCCGUCCCCGCCCGCCGCCGCGGUCCUCCAGCCCCCCGGCCUGCCCCUACGCCCGGGCGCCCCACGACCUGCUGCUGCUGCCCGACGGGGCCCCCCCGGGCCUGCCGGCCUGCCGGGGGGCCUUGGCCCGCGGCUCCCCGGUGCUGGCGGCCAUGUUGGAGGGCGCCUUCGCCGAGGCCCGCCAGGCCGCCGUAGCCCUGCGCUGCGCCCCCCGCCGCCCCCUCCUCCUCCUCCUCCACCACCUCCACGGCUGCCGGGGGGCCGCCGGGUGCCCCCGCCUCCGCCCCCCGCUCCCGGCCGCCGCCGCGGGGGCCGCCGUGGCCCUGGCCCGCCGCUACCUGGUGCCGGGCCUGGAGGCCGUCAUGGCCGCCGGCGUGGCGGCCUCUCCCAGCGGCCUCUGGGCCUUGGCCGAGCGCUGGGCCUGCGGCGCCCUGGCCUUGCGGGCGGCCCGGGAGCUGCUGGAGGGGCCGCCCCAGAGCGUGGCCCCCCGGCUGGCCCAGGUGGCCCGGGUGGCCCGGUGUCCCAACCGCCUGGCCCGGGCGCUGCUGGCCGUGGUGGCCCCCCCGGGGCUGCGGCCCCGCCUCGACAUGGGGGAGCCGUGGGGCGGGGGGGACCCGCUGCUGCGGCUGCCCGGGGAGCCGCCCCGGGAGGACCUCGGGGACCCCUUGGAGGACCUCGAGGACCCAUUGGAGGACCUCGAGGACCCCUUGGAGGACCAUGAGAGCCCCUUGGAGGACCUUGAGGACCCCUUGGAGGACCUCGGGGACCCCUUGGAGGACCAUGAGAACCCCUUGGAGGACCUCAGGAACUCCACAGGGGACCUCAGGGACCCCUUGGAGGACCUCGAGGACCCCUUGGAGGACCUCGAGGACCCCUUGGACCUCAGGAACCCUCUGGAGGACCUCGAGGACCCCUUGGAGGACCAUGAGAACCCCUUGGAGGACCUCAGGAACUCCACAGGGGACCUCAGGGACCCCUUGGAGGACCUCGAGGACCCCUUGGAGGACCAUGAGAACCCCUUGGAGGACCUCAAGGAUCCCUUGGAGGACCUCGAGGACCCCUUGGACCUCAGGAACCCUCUGGAGGACCUUGAGGACCCCUUGGAGGACCAUGAGAACCCCUUGGAGGACCUCAGGAACUCCACAGGGGACCUCAGGGACCCCUUGGAGGACCUCGGGGACCCCUUGGAGGACCUCAGAGACCCUCUGGAGGACCUUGGAGACCCCCCAGAGGACCUCGGGGACCCCUUGGAGGACCUGGAGGACCCCUUGGAGGACCUUGGGGACCCCCCAGAGGACCUUGGAGACCCCUUGGAGGACCUCGGGGAGGGAGAAGACCCCUUCGGGGACACCCCCGCGGGUGCUGGGGACCCCGUAGAGGAGGACGAGGAGGCCAUGGAGGUGGAAGGACCCCCGUAAGGACCUUGGGGACCCCCAUAAAGACGUCGAGCCCCACAGCGAGCUGGGGGGGGACCUCGGCGAGGUGGCGGGGCCCCUUUGGAGACCCCCCCCCGGGGGCUUUGGGGAGCCCCGUGGAUGUGGGGGGCUCCCUGGAGAGGGACAAGGAGGACACGGAGGUGGGCGGAGCCCCACGGGGACCCGCGGGACCCCUUGGAGGACUCGGGGGGAGGGGAUGAGACCCCCUUGGAGACCCCCACGGAUGUUGGGGACCCCCCAUAGAUUUUGGGGCCCCCCCAUAGAUUUUGGGGACCCCUUAGAGGAGGAAGACGAGGACGCGGAGGUGGGGAACCCCCGUGGGGGUCUUGGGGACCCCCAUAGCGACCUCGGGGACCCACUGGGGACCUCCAGGACCCCCAGGAGGACCUGGGGGAGGGGUCAGGACCCCCUUGGAGACCCCCAUGGAUUUUGGGGACCCCCCCAUGGAUGUUGGGGACCCCUUAGAGGAGGAAGACGAGGACGCGGAGGUGGGGGCCCCCCAUGGAGACCUUGAGGACCCCCACAGUGACCUUGGGGGACACCGGGGACCCCCCUGAGGGCCGUGGGGGGGGGUCCUGGCUUGAGGGGACCCCCCCAGAUUUGGGGGGGGGGUCCCCAGGUUUGGGGGGGGACCCGCCCGGUUUUGGGGCGAUAUCUCUGGUUUUUGGGGACCCCCCGGGAUUUGGGGGGGAUUCCCCACGUUUUUGGGACCCCCCCAGGGUUUGGGGGGGGGUCCCUGGGUUUUGGGGACCCCCCCAAGGAUUUCGGGGGGGGCCCCGCGGGAUGGGGGAGGGGAGCGGGACGGGUUCGGGGCCGCGAAUGUAGCGGAGGCGACGCACAAUAAAGUGGUGAAACGGC